UUCAGACCGCCUCGACGCAAAAUUUUGAUUCUUCUUCUCAAAGAGUUGGUUCUGUUCUAUUGAAGGGACUCGGUAGUUCUCCAAUGGAGGGAACCAGCAAAACCACCAAAAGAAAGCUGGUCAAGAAAUCUGACAACAAGGUCGAUAAGAAACUCAAGAAGGAGCUUGAUGAUCCCGUUUCCUCUCAGCCACAUGACGAUGCCUCCGACUCCGAUUUGGACGAUCUUCCCAAACUCCUCGAGCCCUUCUCCAAGACACAACUAAUCGAGCUCAUCUGCACCACUGCUCUCAAAGAUGCUAAUCUCGAAGCCCAAAUUCGAGCUGCUGCCGACCGUGAUGUCACGCACCGCAAGAUUUUCGUCCAUGGCCUCGGUUGGGACACCACCAAAGAAACCCUAACUUCGGUUUUUGAAUCAUUUGGUGAAAUUGAAGACUGCAAUGUGGUUUUGGAUAAGAAUACAGGGAAAGCUAAGGGCUAUGGGUUUAUUUUGUUCAAAUCCCGUCAGGGUGCGACUAAGGCGUUGAAGGAACCUAGGAAGAAGAUUAAUAACAGGAUGGCUUCGUGUCAAUUGGCUUCUGUGGGUUCAGUGCCGCCGCCUCAAAGUCAGGAGGUUGGGCCGCGGAAGAUUUAUGUGGCGAAUGUGCACCAUAACGUGGAUGCUGAGAGGCUUAGGACGUUCUUUGCGAAGUUUGGGGAAUUGGAGAUGGGUCCGAUUGGGUUCGAUCCCGAAACAGGGAAAUCGAGGGGUUAUGCUAUUUUUAUUUACAGAACAAAUGAAGGUGCGAGGAGGGCUCUUGAGGAGCCACACAAAGUAUUCGAAGGGAACAAAUUGCAUUGCCAGAGGGCGGCUGAGGGGAAGAACAAGAAUCAGAAUUCGACGCAGGCAGUGCAAAGCUUGGCGCAGACUCAGCCGCCGAUGAUGGCAGCCAUGGCUACAGCUUCAAAUUUGCCAUUGUUUGCUCAACAUCCGAGCCUCAAUCCUGUGUGCGGUGGAUUUGGGAACCCAGCUUUGGGAGGUGGAAUGUUGAACCAGGGAGUAGUUCCCAUGAGUCAAGUGGGUCUGGUUGGUAGUUCAGUUGGGGCUGGGAUAGGCUUGAGUGGUUACAGUGGGGGUUCAUAUGGCUUAAGCCAAUUAAGUGCCGGUGGUUCGUCAAUGCUAGGCUCUUACGGGUCCGAUUCUUCAUCACUGAAGGGGUUGCCGCACAUUUAUUCGAGCACAAUGCUUGGCAAGGCCGUAUCGGAUCGGGGUCCGGCGGCUUCUGGUGGGUCUCUUGGAGGAUACACAUCAUAUUUAUGGUAUGAGAUGUUUCUUAUUCUUUUUACUUGCCGCACUUUAAGCCUUCCAUUUAUAUGUUUCAACUAUCCAUUCGUGCUUAGCAUUAAUUAUAGUGACAGGUAGAAUGUAUUAAUAAUUAAUGGGUGCUAUUAGUACUGGCAUCAUCAUCAGCCUGUGUGUAUAAUUAUUAUUUAGGUAAUUGGUCCGUAUAAUCCCUAAGGCUACCACUAGUUUGUAAUUUUAAGAGUUUCUAAUUAUUGUAUACCUCUUAGUAAUAAGGUGGUUAAAGAUGCCCUUCUCGGAAGGUAGUCAGGAACACUUGCCAAGACAACUCUAUUUAAUACUCCCAACGUCUUGUCUAUCUAUAUUUAGGAUGCCUUGUAGAGUCGUGAGAGUGAAGUGGGCGAAAAAGAAUUAUAGACUUCUUUGGAAAGAUUGAGGUAAGAAAGGAGGGUUAUAAAUUGCAUCUAGUGAACUAGAGGAGAAUGGCCUUGUCUCUGUGGUAUGCAAGAGGUUUUAGGAGAGGUAAUAUCUACAGGGUGUAGGUUGAUGCGACUCCAAUUAGAGUUAAAAUUUAUGCCCAACGGGCCUAUCAAUUUGAGAAAAACGAGGUCGAAAUCGACUUGUUGUAAAACCGAACUGUCUGCUUGACCAAAAAACAUCCCCAAUGGACUACCAAGCGUACAAGAAUCUAAUCAAAUUUGACCAAAUCAACCCGAAUUCUAAUACCAAACUAAUUUUUCUGGUUAUGAAAUUGUACCCGCCAAUCAAUUUACUUGCUUUGGUUGGCUCUUUUAGUUUCAUAUUGGCCGCAUAGUUACCGUAAAAAAAGGGUAUAGAAAAGUAUUUAUGUGUUUUAGAUACUUUUAGGCUUUUCUUGUUGGCAUGCAACAAAGGAGCAGAUAUUCGCUUAAAAGCUGAUUUCAUGGCAGUUGAGGUGAGGUCUAAGUAAAUUCGCAAUGAAGCUUGCUGACAUCUUUAAUAGGUAUAAAAGCAAUACUAUUUAGAGCUACUUUAAUAAUUUGCAUGGAGCUCAUCAGGCAUCUAUCUGUGUCGAGGGUCUUAGACUGGAUGCUUACAUAGCCAACAUAGGGAUCUGGCUCACAAUUCAUUUUCAACACCAAAGCAAUUAAGAUUAACAAGUCCUGGAGUUUUCUUAUUCAUGAUAGUUCAACGAAUUCGUGAUAGAGCCCUCUAUUGUUACUAUAUUAAUAGGGUGAAGGCUUUUUAAAUCUUUAAAGAUGUCAAGAGUGUUACGAUAAAGGUAUCCUAGCUAGUGAAUUACCUUUUACCUGGGAUAUGUGCCAAAACAUCUACGGAUAGUUGUUUCUUUUGGUUGUAUCUUGGGUGUUGAUGUUUGAAUUCGAGAUCACUGACAAAUUAUCCGUUCCUAUACUCUUCCUAUCUUGGGGGAGAGGAACGGAUAUUUCAAGAUAGGAAGAGUAUAGGGAGGAGGUUCAAAGGGGGCUCACAUUAAUGACUCUCCCUUGUAUUUCUUCUAAUAAGUUUUUUCAGUGAUUUUCCUACAUUUUGUUUAAUGUGUAUUUCUAUUAUCAACAGUCGGAGCUCUUUUUUCCAAGUGUUGUUAUGACGGCCCCUUUUUGAUUGGUUUGACCUUGUUCGUCCUUUCCUUUUUUCUCUUCUUUUUUAAUUAUUAUUUUUGGGUUUGUAUUGCCCCUACAUGUUGUUCCUGCAAUUUUCUUAAUGAAGUCUCUUGUGUGUUUCAGUCUGUAUGGCCCCUACUUACGUACAUAUAAACCACUUAUGUGUUGGUUGCAUUACUUCUCAAAGUGAUUCUACAAAUGCAGAUUACCAUAUAUUAUUUUAAAAUGACUU